CUUGUCAAUGAAAUCACCACCCUUCAUCGCCACGCUGAGGCCCAUUUUUCUGGCAAGUAUCGCAAAUGGGCAAACCAACAUUCAUUCAAAUCAAUGUUACCUGGUGAUGUGAAGGCUCGAAAGGAGAACGCUGCGCAGCAAAGGAUCAAUGCCCAUCUCACUGAACACAAGGCCAAACGAGUUGUACCGUAUUCUGACAAGUUGUUCAGACAAGCUGCCAUUGAAUGGCUUGUCGCGACUGAUCAGGUAUGUCGAUAG